AUGGAAAUCAUGGGAGUAAAUCUUUCAAGGGAACCAGAUUGGCAUUGUGAGAAAUGCACGUUGAUAAACCCUGGAAAGAAUGGCACCUGUCAGGCUUGUGGUCUGCGAAAGCAGACCACUGUCAGCUGGAUCUGUAAAGCUUGUGCUUCUCGGAACCCCCAGGCUUUAGUUCUUUGUAAUAACUGUGGAUCGGAAAAGUGUAUAGGAUCUGCCGUCUUGCCGGACGUAAACACGUCUAAUAGUAAACAGUGGACUUGUUCACAGUGCACGUUAACAAAUCCUUGGAGAAGCAACACAUGUUCUGCUUGUGGACUUGUUGUGAAUGAUCGUGAGAAAGAGGUGACAAGUAAAGAAUCUUCUUCGAAUCGAAAGCUUUAUCCUGACUUAAAUUUAGAACUGUAUCCUGAAAUUGCUCAACAAAGUUCUGAGGUCCUGAAAUGUCCUAACUGCCAAAGUCUUCUUUAUGAUAAUGUUGGGUUGUGUUGUACUGUCUGUCAUUCACCGUGUCCUGAAGAGGGUUUUAAGCCCAGACCAUUCCCUGAAUCUUCAAAGCCACGUGAGUCAAAAGAGCUGGACAAUCAAAAGUGGAGUUGCCCUAGUUGUACCUUUGAAAACAAAGCUUCCAAUUCAGUUUGCGAAGUCUGUAGAAGUAGUCGUGUAGUUGAACCUAAACCCAGUACUUCAGGGGAAAUUACAGAUUCAUCAGGUACAUAAAAAAACUCAUGAAAUAAAAAAUGGUGUACGGUGGCAAAUAGGGACAAACACUUCCCAGAAUCCAAACACAUCCCGGAAUAAAAACAACACAUCCCAGAACAUUCUGGGAAGUGUUUUGGAUUCUGGGAAGUGCUUUGUCCUUGUGAACCUCUGGCACUAACUACCUAACACCCCUGCCCCAACCAUACAAAUCAUUAAUGUCCUUAAAAUUUUGCAAUUUUGCUGUCAGCCAUCUUGUUUCUCGAAUCAGUCCCCUAAACUGGCAAGCUACAUCCAUGUCAAAAGUCAAUUUUAAAAAAACUAAACAAGGAGGGGGUUUUUUUGUACGGGGGAAUCAUUUCCCAUCUAUCUCUCUACACAGUGGCCAUCUCUGUAUGACCACUAAGUAUUGUCCCAACUUCACUGACCAAUGUAAAAAGGUUAGUAAUGACUGUAAGUUGAUAUACUCCUCAACCAAUCAGAGCAUGAAAACCUUUAAAACCAUUGGUGUAAUUCUUGUGAUAAAAAAAAUAUGGAACAAUUUAUCAGGCUCAAGCACUGGGAAUUCUGGUUGGCCAUGUCCAUCAUGUACCCUGGUCAAUCCACCAACUACCAAAGUGUGUAGUGCAUGCAACACAAACAGAGAUGGAAAGAGUGUCAGACAGAACUCCCCUUCUUCUUCUGGACCAGCGGCUAACCCUGCUAGAACUAUGCAGCGUCAAAGGAGUGUACCUGUGGAAUCCCGAAGGAAGCGUGAUGAAAAGCAAGCAAAAGAGCAGUGGAUAGACAUUGUCAAAUACUGUAAAAUUGUAAGUAUGUAAUUAGAUUUUUGAUAAUUAAUAGUAAAUACAGUCAAACCCCUUUUUACAGACACUUAAUUAUUACAGACAGUUUACUUUGUCCCUAGGGAAAGAAAGCCUUUAUAUUUUCUCUAAAUUCAACUGGCCUCCUUAGUGCAACCCUCCAAGUUAAAGUUUUUGCUUGGUCACCAUUUGCCGACCAAUUCUUUUGGUUUAGGGAGACUUUUUUACAAAUCAAGAUGCCAGCUUCAAAAUUUUAGGCACCAUGGCGACUAAAAUGAUCGCAACUUGGGGGGUUGUAGUGUCCAUGUUAAUGGGGUUUGACUGUGCAAGUACAACUGUGCUACAUAAUUAUUUUAAUUUGUAAUUAAAGUCCUUAAAUUACUUUAUUGUAGACUGUGAUAUUGCUACUACACUUUAAUUCCCUUAAGAUGUAAAAUAUACUACAUCAUCAAUAUUAUCAGAUACAGUGGUUUAUUUGAUUUCAAAACAAUCUUUAGUUAUGAAAACCCUUGUACAAUAGCAACCCUAACUAAAAUUAUUAAAAACUGAAUCAUUGGAUAAUGCAAUUUUAGUGCUCUGAUUGGCCUAGCCAUCUUCGUUUAUGAGCCAUUAUACCAUGCUCUCCAAAUAUGGUAACUGUAAGCGUCUGCGCAAAAUUAAAAACAAGCUGAAAAUUGGUUGUUUUUACACAUAAAGUCAGGAGGAAUUCUCAAUAUUUUGUGGGCGUUUUUUUAAUAAAACAAUUAUUCUACUCGUGCUUAUUGGAUAUGAGAUGAUUAUAGCCAACUUGGUGCUACGUGCCUCGUUGGCUAUCUACCAUCUCAUAUCUAACAUGCACUUGUGAAAUAAUUGUUAAUUAAUCACAUCGGUGUCUAAUUCAGGCUAAAAUGAUGUUCACUCUCAGAGUAAUAUCCAAUUUGUGGAUGACUCCUUUCCACCUGCUGAAAAGUCCCUGUAUCUUCAACCACGAUUCUCAGAACACCCCCGAGUUACAAACUGGCUGCGCCCUCAACAAAUUCAAUCCUUUAGAGGUGGUGGUCGAAGGGUGUCUAGCAUUCCUUUAGCUGUAUUCCGCAACCCAAGACCUGAUGACAUCAUGCAAGGUGUCCUGGGUGAUUGUUGGUAAGUAGAAAUAAUUAUUAUAGUAUUUAAUGUGGCCGAAUUGGCUGGAAACAUUUGAAUCCCACACGCCCUGCAUGCACCCCAGGCGUUUGACUCUGCCAUGUAUGCUAAGUAGGGAAGUUAAUGGUGGAGCUCCACGUGUGCAAAGCAUGCACAAGUAGAGCCCCAUAACUAAAAAAAUGUGGUUAUCGAUUCAUCAAAGAAAUUUUAGCAAUCAAAGCUAUAGUUAGCUUUUAAUAUAGUGAAUGAUUGCAUCUUUUUUGCUCCUGGCAACAUUUUGCACUUUAUAAUAGGCCACUUCCGAGUCCCAAAAACCCUCAUUUUCAAAAAGGAGGCCAAGUACACAACCUUUUUUGUGAAAAUGAGUUUUAUUUGGAUGAAAAUGAAAAAUCAUUUCCAUAUCCAAAGGCUGAGUAUUCAACCUCGUUUUGAUACAGAGGCCCUUGUGGGGGAACUCAGAAAUGGCCUAUUGGAGUUGUCUUAGGCUGUUGGCUAUUCCAAGGCAAUUGUAGCUUGUUGGAACUUAUCCUGAUACUAAAAUAAUAGGGCUUAAAUAAGUAUUUAGUUGUUUUCUAGUGGACAAGGAUAACAUCUUCAUUUUGCCAUUCUUCAGGUUUUUAAGUGCUUUGGCUGUUCUAGCUGAAAGACCUGAGCUCUUGGAGAAGAUUGUUAUAACAAGAGAGGUAUCCUAAACUGUUGCAAUUUUUUCUUACUUCUUACAUGCAAUAAAUUCUUCACUUCCCAUUAAAAAUGAAGUAAAAUCAAUAACAAUCUAGUCUUGAAACUAAGAGCACAAAAUGACCGGGCCCUAGAGCACUUCCACCUGAAUACUUACAGUUUGUGGUUUUUCUUUAGAGUUGUGUACUUACAAGCUAGAACCAUCUUGUACAUCAUAAUGAACAGUACCUCAUGAUUGUAUUGCUUAGUAGCUUUCAUUUGAACAAUCACACUUAGCAUUUCUUCCAUAUACUCAAAAGAUAGAACUACCUUGUGCAGUAAUGUAUAAUAAACAGUACCAAAGGAAAGUACAUGAAAUACUCAGUAGCUUUCAUUUAAGUGGUUACACUAUAGGGUUUCAAUCACAGACUCAAAAGUUAGAACUACAUACUGAAUAAACAGUACUGUGUGAAAGUACUGCUUAAGAGGUUUCAUUUGAAUGGUCACACCAAGGAUUUCAUCCACAGACUCAAAAGUUAGAACUACGUACAAAACAAAUAGUACCAUGUGAAAGAACUGCUGAAGAGGUUUCAUUUGAAUGGUAACACCAUCGGAGUUCAUCCACAGACUCAAACGUUAGAACUACGUAUAAAACAGAUAGUACCAUGUGAAAGCACUGCUGAAGAGGUUUCAAUUGAAUCAGGUAACACUAUAAGAUUUCAUCCACAGACUCAAAAGUUAGAACCACAUACUAAAUAAAUAGUACCUUGUGAAAGUACUGCUGAAGAGGUUUCAUUUGAAUGGUAACAUCAUAGGAUUUUAUCCACAGGUUCAAAAGUUAGAACCACCCUGUGCAAUAUAAUGAACAGAACUACAGGAAAGUGCUCCUUACUGGUUUUCAUUUGAAUGGUGAAUUUCAGUAGAAAGGCACAUGAUUGCGUCAAAGGCUGUCAUUUUACCCAUUUGAACUGUGGUUUCCCUUUAGAUAAAUAAUGAGGGAGCUUACCAAGUGCGACUUUGUAAAGAUGGCAAGUGGACCGUAAUCUUGGUUGAUGAUCUGAUACCAUGUGAUCGCCAUGGACAACCAGUUUAUUCACAGGUGGAGUUAAUUUUACUUUGUAAUGAAGACCUUAAGAUUUUAAUGUGUACUCGUAAAGAUUGGAAAAUUAUUUUCCUUGCACUAAAAUUGUAUUCCUUUAGAAACAGUUAGGCCACUGGGUAGAUUCCAUUGACCACUCCAGAAAAUACCGUAACAUACCAUAAUGCUCUUUGUUUGUCACCCCCAAAAAUUUGAAUAAGCAUUGUUUUCAGUUUCUCUUGGGGCCAUUUUAACUCCCAAGAGAAACUGAAGACAAUGCUUAUGCAAAAUUUUGGGGGGACAAAAAAAGAGCAUUAUGGUAUGUUAUGAUAUUUUCUGGAGAGGUCAAUUACGAUUUUUAGCGGAGCUGUAAAUAACCGUCCGUCAUUGGACAAUACGAUAUGGACUUUAAGAUCCGAUGACCGCGACGACGGCGAAAACGUCGCCAAAAAGUGAAUUCGCGUUAUUUUAAUCUUGAUGGUGACUAUUUCAACUCACUUACAGUUAUACUUUGUCAAAUGUACGCGAACUCUCCUGGAGUUAUUGAAUUUCUAAGAACCCGUACCCAAGUUCAGAAUGAGAAAGAAAAUUUUGUGGUCGCUCAAGUUGUUUACGUCCUCUAUAGAACAUGAAAUUAGACAUUUUUCGUCGUAGACGUGCAGUGACGGCAAAGAAAUGUAAAAAAAGCGUGUUGCACGUGCAAAGCUGUUGUUGUGCUCCAGUAUUUAAAAAUGUUAAACCUCCUGGGCCCUGAAACUGUAGCUCUUGCAUGUUUCAUUUUUAGGACAAAGCUCUCUACCUUUUUUAUACUAUCUGAAAACAACCCUUUUAUAUCUAAAGCAUACCUAAUUUCUCCACAGCACAACCAUACACGAGGUCGUUAAGGCUCGGUCUUUUUUUCUGUUUUGUUUUUGUUUUUCUCAACAUAAAGCUAACUGGUACACAAUUGUUGGUGUUGUCGUUUGGUUCUUGUAGGCUCGUCGGCAGCAGUUAUGGGUUCCCUUAAUUGAGAAAGCCAUGGCCAAGCUUCAUGGUUGCUACCAGGCACUCACAGCUGGCCGGUGCAUUGAAGGCUUGGCCACAUUGACCGGGGCUCCUUGUGAAAGUUUUAUGCUUCAUGGUAAGUACAUUUUGUUGAUAUUCCAAGUGUGAAAUGCUGAAAGGUCAUUGGCUAAAUGAAGUGCAGUAUUAGCCACAACGAACUAUUUCCGUUUGUUGAUUACUCCCUCCCCACUAUUAGUUAACAUUUUGUGAACUUUUACAGUAAAUUUAUGUGUACAAAUUAGUUAUUGUAUUUGCGUUAUCCUUCCUCUGACAGCUUCGUUCGAUUCAUGUCAUGCUUUUAAGUUUGCUGCUGCUACUACUGCUGUGGAUGUAGUGUCGUUUGUUAAUACUUUACAACGUACUGUUACGCUUCAUGUACUGUUUAGAUUUCUCGUUCAUUUGAGAGCCCGGCACCGCUUACUGCGUUUUUUUUGGUUGUUGUUGUUUGUCGGUAAAUCACUCUCAUUUAUCAAUUGAAGAAAUCGUUUUUCAACUUAAAACGACAAGCAUUGUUAGCCUGUGAAAAUAGCCGACAUUUCCCGACACCAUCACUGGUUUCCCCGCGAAAUGAUGUCAGAGGAACGAGCACAGAAUUUCCAUACUGAUGACGCGCCUCUAACCAGGUCUGAGUAGUGUUUCUGAAAAUUUGCAUUAUCCAAUCUCAAGCACUACGUAGAUCCGGGGAGUGACUCAUCAUCAGUAUGGAAUUUCUGCGUUCGUUUUUCGACCUCAGACGUCAUGUUGUGGGGAAACCAGUGGUAUAGUGUUGCGAAAUGACAGCUGCUUUCUCAGGCAAGCACUUCGUGAUUAUUGAGAACUUUGUUUCUCCCACAGAGCCUCCAAACCCAACAAGCGAUACGGAGCCUAUUGACAAGGACAUGAUUUGGGCACAGCUUUUAAGUUGCAGGAGUGCUGGGUUGGUUUAGUUUUUUCUUUCAUUAGCCGGCUUUUUUGCUUAAUGCACUGAUUUGUUUUUCCCUCUUUACUCUAUUUAUAUGGUGAGAUCUUGGCAUAGCGUCUUGAGUAUCCUGGGAGCAAGCUCUCCAUUUUAGGGGAGUUGCGAGAAGUCACGCGUGGGCAUCACGCGCAAGGAGACGCGUGAGCGAGUAGCGAGAUAAAAAGAGAGCGUUCUCGGUUCCCGCCUCUUCUCUUGGCCUCGCUGCUCGCUCGCGCGUUCGCUCGCCACUCGAAAUGUAGAGCUUGCUCGCAGGAUGCGCUCUUGACCUAUGGUUGUAAAACUUUCGUCCCUUUUUAUCGGUGUGAAUGUGGUCUCGUGUUUAAAACUUGCAGCUUUUUAAUGGGAGCAUCAUGUGGAGGAGACACGCAGCCACAGGAGGAACCCGUCUUUGCUUCAGUUGGCCUUCAAACACAUCACGCAUACUCAGUACUUGACGUAAAGGACGUCCACGGUAUCAGGUGAACAGAUCAACCAACUUUAACCCAUUGAUCUGGUGUAUCGCACUUUCUAAUAUUGUCUUAAGUAAUGGUAAAAUUCAUGCCAAAGAUAACUUGACAGUAUUCCUGCUCCCUUGUCCUUCUCAAGAUUUGUUAGGUUGGAUGCUUUUCUUAAGAUUUCGCACGAGCUUUAGUUUCCUGUAAAUCAUGCUCGUACCCAAAGUCGCGAAACUUUUGGCCAGCGCCACUCUCAAUCCCUGGCCAAAAGCAUCGCGGCCCCGAGGAUGAGAAUAAUGUCUGAUCGUUUCACUGGAUCGGAUUUCACUUCAUUUUUGUAAUUGAUGAUAAUUAUGCAGGAGAGGCUCCUGAGAAAUGUCACUAUGACGUCGUAGCAACACCCUACACUCCCGGAAGCGCUUCUGAUGUAAUAAUAAGUUAAUGAAUUUAUCAAUUUUUCAUAGACUUGUCCGUCUUCGUAAUCCAUGGGGCCGGUUUUCCUGGACUGGAGACUGGUCUGACGCGUCCCCCCUGUGGACCCCUGAGCUGAGGUUCGAACUCAUGGCCCAUGGAUCUGAAGAGGGCGUCUUCUGGAUGUCCCUUGAGGACUUCAUGAAGUAAGUAUGGCUACAUGCGCUUAAAACUUCGGCCCAGUACAGUUCUCUAACGGCGGCCGCCUAGAAUGCCAGCCCGGUCAUGACAGGGUCUCACCCCCUACAAAAUAAAUGAAUAAUCUAACCAACAAACGAAUUCACGAAAGAAUGAACGAACGAAAUAAUAAUACUAACAAGACUAAUAAAAGUUGCCACGAAUCUCCCAGUAGCUUAGUUGUUAGCGCACCGACUCAAAUUCUGUUAACGUUCGAUGCUGUUUUUGAGACACCGACUCAAAUUCUGUUAACGUUCGAUGCUAUUUUGAGACACUUGAAAUUUUUUGCAUUUGCUAUCAAAGAGAAAACGAAGUCGACAAAUUAGAAUCGUACCCAAGCCAUUUGGCUUAUUGAUAUUUCUCUCCAAUAUCUCCGUAAGGGCGCUAUGUUCACACUAAGCCAGAUAGCGUUUCGUGCCGACACGAAAGCUACCCAGUAUACUGUGAACACCUAUCCGAUAUGUGACUCUCCACUUAAGUGAUCGGCGCGUCGCAGCUCAGCUGGCAGCUUCGUUCCGUUACAGAAAUCGCGCCGAUUCUUAUGUGUGAACAGAAGCCUAAGCCUUAUCCGGUCAUGGUUUUUCGCGCCGACGCAAUAGCUAUCCGAUAUAGGGUGAAGAUAGCCUAACUUACCGCUACACUUUCUCGCUGAUCCAUCACAAAUCCAAUUACUUUCUCUACAGAUACUUCGACAGUGUGGAUGUGUGUAAGAUCAGGGAAGGUUGGGCCGAGGCUCGAGCUAAUGGCUGUUUCCCGGCUUUUGCCGGAUCGCCAGCCAAGAUUGUUCUAGUGAAUGUGUUCGAAACAACAGAACUAGACCUGUGUUUGUUCCAAGAGGGAGUAAGGUAAGAAGUGAGCGUUGCAUGUAUAACAUACAAGCUUUUUGUUAGAUUUUUGUGUAAGCUUCACAUCUCAACGAACCAAAACAACGGAUUUCUGUUUAUGCUGUUCUGUCUUUGCACAACACCAAUGGCAAUUUUGAAUCAUGUGACAAUCUUUGAGCAUUGUGAUUUUUCUUGACUUAUUUUGUUGUUGUUGUUCUUGUAGAUUGUGUGUGUAUGAGUUUUUAUUAAUGGGCAACGUUUUCUUGAGGUUGUUAACGAUCGAUGGUUUAGGAUACCAACCAGCGUUAAAUGAGGUCAAAAGAGAUUCGAGUUCUUGAGCACUCGUUCUUUCACUUUCAAACAUGUAUAUAUUAAGCAUUUUUUUUUUCAUUUAUGCAUUUAUUUUCAGGGGGAAAGCAGAGGGCGCGAAAUCUCUCCUUGAUCUGUCAUUCAUCGUGUGUCGCACAUCACCAGGCACUUCUAGUCCCAAGCCCCACUCACUGGUGUUUCACAGCAAGAGGCAAGUCAAGGCCAAUGUCUCGUGCAACGCUAUCCUAGAGGAAGGCUCCUAUAUGAUAGGUAUGUUACUGAUUCCCCGUAAGGUAAAAUCCGGCACUCUUGCCUUAAGGUGACGUUACGUGGGAUGAUUCGCAACAACGAUUUUUAGCGCAACACAGCGUUGCAAUGUCGCAACAAUGUUGCAACCAUUCGAAACAAUGUUGUAAUGCUGUGUUGCGCUAAAAGUCGUCGUUGCGAAUCGUCUCGUGUAAAAUCACCUUUACUGACGGCCCUCUCGCUCUUUCGGACACUUGACUCGGGGCUCGCCAGUUCAACGAGGUUUUUCCCAGGUGCUCCGGAUCCCCCACACCUCCACCCCCACACCCACACUUACGAAAAAUAACCAACUGAACUGGAAAACAUUAACACUUUAAAAGGAGUUUUCUAGAACUCCUAAGUGUUCAGCCGGUUAAGUUACAUUUGCAUUUGUUUAUUGUUUUUGUUUAGUUUGUUCAGCAUUCAAUCACUGGCAACCCUUCGGGGCACGAAGAAGCGAAGUGGACGAAGAGCGUUUGCCUAACUACAUUCUGGCCGUUUACAGCUCUCGCGGCGUCUUGAUCGAUCCACUUCCCAUGCCAGAUUUCUGCUUGGCUGAUACGCUCCUCUUAUUGGCUACAACAAAGGGAAAGCGACAUGAGGUGAAUUCAACAUUUUUAGAGACCUUACGAUCCGACAACGACGACGUCCAUGAAAACGUCGCUUAAAAAUAGAAUCCGCAUCCUUUCACUUCUUUUGCGAUUUUCCCAAGUCACCCAAUUACUCAAAGAAGGGAAUUUCGGUCAGAAAUUAGGAAAGGGACCGUGCCCGAGUCAGAGAGGGAUAAUUAACAAUUAUUCCUCGAGCCCGAAUGGGUUCUGAGUCAAUAGCCCAAAGAUCCAGCUAGUUGGUCAAAAAUGUCGAGAAUAAAACAAUUUUAGCUAGGUAAAAGCUAGACUUUAAUCCUUUUUUUCGCCGCCAAAAAGCCCGCGCUUUUCGCUACUAGAGGACUAUAACAUAUAGCCUAGUGGUAGCUCAACCAAUCAGAACGCAGCAUUGAUAAUAGACCACUAGUUGGAUUUUACUAAUAUAAUUUAUUGCCUUACCGUUCCCGUUCUUAAGUACACUUUUACAGGAAUUUACUUUCACUGAAAUUUACAGAGAAGCGUGAUGCACGUGCAGAGUUGUUGUUUGUUGUUGUUGCCGUCUCCUUCGUAGUUUCGUAAGCUCCCCAUCGACGUACUUAUAGCGUCGUUAUUAGACUUUGUUGGAAAAUUGCUUGUUUUCAUGUACAAAUGGGAUAUCUGCAAUUUUCCAUUUCAGAAACCGUAAGUAUAAGAGGAAUGGGUACAAGCUUUUAGUACAACGAUUUCUGGGAACGUUGGGGUGUACAAGCUUUUACUUAUGAUUGGUUAAUUGUUGCCUUGAAUAUCAUCAACCAAUUAUAACCAACGCUUGUCCAUCCAAGCGAUCCCAGAAAUCACUGCACCUAAAACUUGUUCCCAUUCUCAUUAGAGUUUCUGAAGCGGGCAUUUGGACACCUAUGUUAUGUGUACGUCAAUCAUAGUUGCUCUUAAAUGGGUUUUUUCGUUAUCGUCAUUAUUGUCUUUCCACAAUUUAUCAUGUAAAGAUAUGUAGUUCUCUACAGUGUUCGUCACAGCAACAAAUAUGUUGCAGAAUUGAUGGACUUGAAAAAUCGUCAUCUACUGUCGGUUCAACCUUGUGCACGGAUAUUUAGAGAAAAAAGCUGCGUCUUAAUGAGAACGAUAUCACAUCUUGGACUGAAAUGGGUAAAAAAAAAACAGUAACAGUUAUGGUGUCUUAACCAGACAUAUCUAACAAACUCUUAACAGCGAAAUAUAGUCACGCCAUGGCCAUGGAUGUUCAUGUGCAAACAAACUCAUACAUGUAAUAUAUAUGUUGAAGUUAAUUUUUUUUUUCUCAGGUAAUUUUUGUUUUUCUUUUGUUUUGGGGUAUGAUAAAGUUGAAAUGAAGUUGAUAAUGAUAAUGAUGAAGUUGAAACAGAGGAAAAAUGAAAAUUACUUGAGAUAAAAGAUUAACUACAACAUAUACAUGUAUUUCUUCAAACGCCUGAAAACAUAUCAUUUAAGAAUUGUUUUUUUACCUGCUUUCGUCUUUUGUACGUAUGUUAUGCAGUAACACAGGCUCUCAAUUUAUAGGGAAUUCCAGGAGUGACGUGUUAUUACAUGGCGCAGGGGAUUGCGGGAUUGAUAGUUGUGGCGGAAAACCGCCGGCCGGAUCACCACUUGCUUGUGGACUGUGACUGCUCUGAAAGUUUUAAUGUCGUUUCAUCCAGAGGAGUCUUAACGACAACUGACUGUGUUCCUCCUCUUCAUAAGUAAGUUUAUUACACAUUGUACUAGCUGUCUUCUCAUUGGCUAUGAGUCCACAGUUCAUUUUAGAAGGCAGCUAGCAGAUGAGUGAUUCAGUUUAACCUCCAUUAAGCGGCCACCCUCGGGGUACCAGCAAGUGGCCGCUUUAUGGAGGUUGGCCGCUUAAUAGAGGUUCAUCAUAAACCUGGUCAUAAAUUAGCGUGCAAUCUUUAGCAGAAACAUCACUUGAUUGUAAAGCAAAUAAGCGAAGGGGGCAGCAUUACUGGUCCACAAUCGGUCGUCACCUUCUUUCUCCGACUGUUUUUCUUCGUCAUAUUCUUAAAAUAAAGCCGAAAGUAGUCUGGCAAGUGCUUGAUGGCCGCUUAAUAGAGGUGAUAACAAUGGGAGAACUCUCGUUGAGACGGCAAAAAAAGUGGCCGCGGUCGCAUUAUAGAGGUCAGAUGGCCGUUUAAUACGGGUAUAAUUUCCCAUUCUUUUCUAUAAUUAUCUCGGGACUUUGAUUUCUGGCCGCUUGAUGGAGGUUCAACUGUAUUUUUUUUUCUACGGUCUUGAGCACCUUGUAAAACAACCCGCGUCAACUUCCGCUGGCAAGACACCCCCCCCCCCCCCCCCCCCCCCUUUUCACCCGCCCCAACCUCCCUCAAAAACAAUCCCCCCCCUUUAACACCCCCCCCCCCCGAAAAACCCCCCCCCCCCCCCCCCCUCUUACCUACUCUUUUCUUUAACCCACUUGAUCGCUUAUUAUAGUAUUUAAUAUACGUAUAACUAAAAAAACUAUUUUAUUAAAGUUUUUUUUUUUUUCUCCCCUCUGCCAACCCUUGUAAACCCCCCCCCCCUACCUCCCCCGGGAAAGCCCCCCCCCCCCCCCCCCCCUCCCCCUCUUAGUAAUAGGCCCAUCUACCUUUAAACAAAAAUUCAUCCGGUUAUAACCCCACCCCCGAUUAAAAAUCCCCUCCAGCUUCAGCUUGUAUUAUGCAUUCGAUUUUGAAGACGUUCGACGACGUUUUGAAGGCUUAAAAAAGCGCAUAGAUUCAAAAGGUUUUUGAUUAGCACUGCUUAUCAGAUGUAGCUUAUUUUGAAACGCCUUUUUAGCCCAGUUAUAACCCCUCUCCUGUUUAUAACCUUUCCUAAAACCCCUUACGAAGUAGUAUAAGCCCACGGCUUAUAACCAGAAGUUUACGGUAUAUAUGGUUAACCACAUUUUAUUGUUUUUCAGGCAGGUACUUGUACUUUUGACUCAGCUGGAAGGCACGGAGGGGUUCGCUGUUUCACACAAACUCAGUUUUCGUAUUUUGUCUGACAAUGGUUUUGGGGCAUACGGCGCUCAUCAUACUCCCCAACUGACAUCUGAACUGUUUGGACUGCACAGUGCAAGACCUUUAUGACAAUGGCCUACGGUACAGUGACUAGUAAAAGUUAAGACCCGUCUCCAAUCUUAUUCCUAGGGCGUAUCCGGUCUUGCGAAUCGUCAUACCCGCCAUCUCUGGGGUUAAAAAAAGCAUUGUCCCCUGUUUUUCAGGGUGCGAACAGCUGUAAACAGUACGCUGGUUCAGCAUGAACGCUAGUUCAUGUAUGUGCCACUUUCAUCGGCUGUUUGCAUAAGCUGGCACUGUUUUAUAUAUUAGUUUAGGCAUGACGGUUUAAUUUUCUUUGGAACUGAAGAUAUUUUCCUGGGCAGAUGAGCUUAUUUAAUCUCGUUAGUAAUAAAUUUUCUUUCACUAUGACCGAAUAGUUAUGCGAAUAGACCGACUCACGACAGACAAGGUCGCCCGUUAGCCAUAAGAUGGCCUUACACCAUACAUCCUUCCUCGUCUAUCAGCUCAUCUCUCAACGGCUUUCUUGAGC